UCCAGUGCCCGGCGCCCUUGGGCUCUCCCGGGCGGCUCGCUUCCCCCCGUCCCCCAGAGGGCGCUGUGGGCGCACCCGCCGCACCGCCGGGCGUCCGGGGCGGAGCCUCCCGCGGCCGGGGCGCCAGGCGAUCGCGAACCCGGAAGACGCGCUCGGGCGGCCGGGAGUGCGCGCCGGUCCGGUCCGGCCAUGCAGAGCCUGGAGUUGGGUCUGGUUCCCGCUCCAGCGAGGGAGCCUAGACUGACCCGCUGGCUGCGGAGAGGCAGCGGGAUCUUGGCGCACCUGCUGGCUUUGGGCUUCACCAUCUUUCUGACUGUGCUGUCCCGGCCGGGAACCAGUCUUUUCUCCUGGCACCCUGUAUUCAUGGCCUUGGCGUUCUGCGUCUGCAUGGCCGAGGCCAUCCUCCUCUUCUCGCCUGAGCACUCCCUGUUCUCCUUCUGCUCCCGAAAGGCCCGGAUCCGACUGCACUGGGCGGGGCAGAGCCUGGCGCUCCUCUGCGCAGGCCUGGGGCUGGGCUUCAUCAUCGCCAGCAGGACCCGCAGUGAGCUGCCCCACCUGGCCUCCUGGCACAGCUGGGUGGGGGCUCUGACGCUGCUGGCCACGGGGGGCCAGGCACUGUGCGGGCUCUGCCUGCUCUUCCCCCGGGCAGCCAGGGUCUCCAGGGUGGCUCGCCUCAAGCUCUACCAUCUGACGUGUGGAUUGGUGGUCUACCUGAUGGCUACCGUGACGGUGGUCCUGGGCAUGUACUCGGUGUGGUUCCAGGCCCAGAUCAAAGGCGCGGCCUGGUACCUGUGCCUGGCGCUGCCCCUCUACCCAGCCCUGGUGAUCAUGCACCAGAUCUCCAGCUCCUACUUGCCGAGGAAGAAAACGGAAAUAUGACUCCCUCCAAACUCUGACUCUAGCUGGCACCCUGGCCUUGGACAUCAGUGGUCUGUUUGGUGACCUUCAAGGGCUCCACUCCCGAAGUGGUAGGGUUUUUAUACUCUUAGCUGGGCUGACGGGUGACUCGGUGGACUGAAAUGGGGAAACGUACUGGGUGCAAGUAAAAGGUGAUGGGGAGCUGGGUCCUGAGCCUCCACUCUGGCCGGGGGACAGAAGGGUUGGGUACUGGUGGUGAUGGUGGUGCCGCCAUGUCUUGGCUGCCUGCCUGAUGGAGGGUUGGGUUCCUGCAGUUCUGAAAGGCAGCUGUGGCUCUUGGAGUCACGCUUGAGAAAGCACUUGUGGUGGACAGAGCCCUGGGUCUUGUCCAUAGUUUGGUCCUCGUAGGCUCUUGUGUGACCUCACGCACGUCACGUGUCUCAGGAGCUCGGCGUCUUUCUCUGUGUGAGGAGCGUUUCUAAAUGACCUCUCACAUCCAGUGUCUGUGAGGCUGACCUCACUGCCCACCCUCCAGCUCUGGACCGGGGCUGGACCACUUAGAAGACUCAGGAUGUGAUUCUUACAUCCGUUGUCCCCUGACCACUCAGGAGGGACAGAUCUGCCCUCGUGGCCUGUCGGGAAUCUAUACUGAUUUGGCCCCAGACCAGGGCACGCGGGGUCAGGCACUGUGGAGGGAAGGGGCCAGGUGAGGAUCUCCUGAACUCCAACACAGCAAAGGCACUAAAGUCACUUUGAAGCCAUGGGAGAGCCCUGGCCGGUGUGGCUCAGUGGAUAGAGCAUCCACCUGCGGACUGAAGGGUCCCGGGUUCGAUUCCAGUCAAGGGCACAUACCUCAGUUGCAGGCUCGAUCCCCAGCCCUGGGCAGGGCACGUGCAGGAAGCAAACAGUCAAUGUGUCUCUCUCACAUCGACGUUUCUCUCUCUGUGUCUCUCCCCCUCCCUUCCACUCUCUCUAAAAAUCAAUGGAAACCGAUCCUCGGAUGAAGAUUACCAAAAACAAAAAUAAACUUUACAGAGCUG